GUCAUGCUGGUCCUGGUUCUGGUGGUCCUCAUCCCUGUGCUGGUCAGCUCCGUUGGCACAGGUGGCGUAGAUGACAGUGCGAGCCACUACGAGAUGCUGGGUACCUGCCGCAUGGUUUGUGACCCCUUCCCCAGCACGGGCACGACAGGCACGGGUGCAGAUCUGAGUGAUCACAGCAUUGGCCCGCCGCUGCCUACCUACAGUGCUCAUGGCCCACAAGGCAAACCAGGACGUCCUGGCAAACCUGGACCCCCAGGACCACCUGGAGAGCCAGGCCCACCAGGACCUAAGGGGCCACCAGGAGAUGGUGUGGACAUAGUACGGACAGGGAUAUUAGGUUUAGGGGGUAAAGGGGCUGUUAGCACAACCACCUACAACACCACGCCUCGGGUAGCAUUUUAUGCAGGACUACGAAACCCUCAAGAAGGUUACGACAUUCUGCGGUUUGAUGACGUGGUGACUAAUAUUGGCGGCAACUAUGAGGGCGCAACGGGCAAGUUCACCUGUAAGAUCCCUGGCACCUACUUUUUCAUCUACAAUGUGCUGAUGAGGGGAGGAGACGGCACCAGCAUGUGGGCUGACCUGAUCAAGAAUGGUCUGGUCAGGGCCAGCGCCAUUGCCCAAGACCAAGACCAGAGUUAUGACUAUGCCAGCAACAGUGUCAUCCUUCAUUUGGAUGCAGGCGAUGAGGUUUUCAUAAAACUGGAUGGGGGCAAAGCUCAUGGGGGCAACAGCAAUAAAUAUAGCACCUUCUCAGGGUUCAUCCUCUAUGCCGACUGA